GGUUACAGAUAGGAAAGAGGGAAAUUCGGAACGGGUCAUUCCAUUUUCCAACCAAAUGAAUAACGAACGUCCUCCGAUUAGGGUUUUCGGCCAACGGUCAAUUUCAUCGUCUUUUCUCUCCCGCUCUUCAAAUCCUUUCACGAAUGAAGAUUCACAAAGCAAAUUGUCGAAGAAGAGUUCGCAAUUGUCGCUCUCGGACUUCCUCGAUCGGAAACUGCCGGAAACUUCCCUUCCACAGAGGACGGUCAAGGGGAAGUCCACGCCCUUCUCCUCAUUGCAAGGUCCAAGGAAUUCGAAUAAUGGACCUAUUGGAAUUGAUUGUGGGACAGAUUCCCAGACCGAAUCGUCUAUUUCAAAGGUGCUUUUUGAACAGUUCAAGCGUUCUGAACCAAAUCAAGGUGAAUAUUUAGUUUCAGGCAGUGCAAGUGAGGCAGAUAUCUUCAAUACAGAUGACAUACUAGAAUCGAGGAAAAGAAAGAAAUCAAGUGAAGGCUUUGUUUCUACCUACCCAUGUGAGAGCCAAACAAGGAAGAAGAAUGUGGUAGUAAUUGGAGGCGACCCCAAACCCAAGCAAAAAGGGAAGGAGGCGAUUCAUGUUGUUAGAAACAAAAGGACAAAAUCUCUCUACAAUCACUAUGCAAGUGGCUCCGGCUGGUGGGACUGCAACAGGGAGGGUGUUGAUAGUGAAGAGGUUGGCCUUGGUGAAGUAUGGGAAGGAGUUGGUUCCACCACACUUGGAGGAAUAGAGUGGCAUUGACUUUUUUGGAGGCUUCAUCCUCUUCCCACUGGAACACUGUAAAUAUUUACUUCUGUUCGACUAUUUUUGUCUUGUUUUGCUUCUAGUUAAACUUAAAUUAACAUCCAUCUCCUAAGAGUUUUGGGGAGUUGAAAUGCAGAAUUUUGAGACAUACAUUGAAAACUUUUGUCCAAUAGGUUAAAUUAUAAAUUUAGUUCGGACAGCGCAAGAUAUUCUCCCUCUGUUGUGGACUAUGAAGUACGAUGAUAAAGAUUGAAAUUGGGUUUUGUAUAAAA